AUGCAGACCGGCAACAUUCUCGCCAUCCCAUUCCACAAGACCACGAAUAUCUCCCUCCACUCGGCCAUCAGUUCCUACAUCUCCAGCAAAUACGACCAACAUCCGUCUACCUUUGCGCGAGACCUGGAAAUCGUAGACCAGCUAAGGAAGGAUGCUGUCAACUCGCUGGAGCCGCACAGCUCGGGGCUCUCGAAGCUGCAGAAGUAUGCCGCCCAAUUGAUAUGGAUGGGUGGCAAGUUUCCAGUCGACAUAGGCGCCGACUUCACCUGGACUUCUUCCCUUUCGAAUGCCGCCUACCAUCAGCAAGGCCAUGCGAAGACGGACAAUAACCUCCGCUUCGAGCUGGCCAACGUCCUCUUCAACCUGGCAGCCAUGUACUCCCAACUUGCCCUCUCCUCCAACCGUGCCACUUCGGAUGGUCUGAAGAAUGCUGCCAACAACUUCUGCUCUGCUGCAGGCGUCGUCAGUCAUCUCAAGAACAACAUCCUGCCUGAGCUACGCGGGAGUCCGCCCGAAGACAUGGAUGACCUGACGCUGGAAUCCUUGGAGCAACUAAUGUUGGCGCAAGGGCAAGAAUGCUAUUGGCAGCGCGGGGUGAAGGACGGCUUGAAAGAUGCCUCCAUCUCGAAGCUGGCUGCAAAAGUAUCAGAUCUGUACUCAGACGCUGGCGACUGGGCGCUGAAGAGCGAAUUCAUCAGCAGCGAGUGGAUCCAUCAUAUGAAUGCGAAGCAUCACCAUUUUGCUGCCGCCGCACAAUACAGAGCCGCAUGCGACUGUCUCGAGAAGAGAAAAUAUGGUGAAGAAGUGGCAAGAUUGCGAGAUAGCUUGCAGUGUACCAAUGAAGCCCUCAAGGAAGGGAGAUAUGUGAACAAGGCCGUUUCCGGAGACCUGCAAGGGCUGAAGAACAGAGUGACCGAAGACUUGAAGAGAGCAGAAAAGGAUAACGAUACCAUCUAUCUCAUAGCAGAACCCACCAAGGCCGAACUCCGGCCACUGGACCGCGCAAGCAUGGUCAAGGCGUCGGUACCGAAAGAGGUUGCACGCUCGCAAGAACUACUUUUCGAGCACGGCAGUCAGCUAGGCAAGCCGCUCUUUGAGAAGCUGGUGCCGUACAGCGUCCAUGUGGCGGCAUCCAUAUACGCCGACCGCCGAGAUCGAUUGGUCAAUGACAGCAUAAUUGCUGAGCUGGAGGCGAUGACUCAGCGGAUACACGAGACGUUGUCCAGCAUGAACCUGCCCGGUAGCUUGCAAGCGCUCGAAAAGCCGAUGGGUCUCCCACCCAAUUUGAUCAGCCAUGCGGAGGAAGUGAGGCAAGCCAACGGUGUUCAGAGAUUGCGCAGCACCAUCGCCGACACAGAGAAGCUCAAAGCCAACAACCGGAGUCUGUAUCAAGAAGGCGUUGACCUUUUGCGGACUGAAAGCUCAGAGGAUGAAGCAUCAAGGAGAAAGUAUGGAACUGCACGCUGGACACGGUCAACUGGGCAAGAGGCGCUGCCAAAACUCUACAAUCAGGUCAGCGACAUCGAAGGCUAUCUGAAGCAGGCGGAGAACUCCGACAAGAUUGUUGAGAACCGUCUUCGGGAGAAUGAGAGACUCAUACGGCUGCUGAAUGGGACCAACCGGGACUUGGAAGAUUAUGUGCCAUCCUCGCGACGAGCGACAAUGACUGCGAAGGUCGAACGCGAAGCCAAUGGACUCAGAGCGAAUCUGAACGAAGUCAACCGGCUCGAAUCGAAGCGGCGAAGAAAGGUCGAAGAUCUACGGCUGAAGGCGAAGGAAGACGAUGUCCACCCGGCAUUGCUGAAGGAGGCGGCUCGGUUGGAGAGAGAAUACCCAAUGCAACCUAUCGCCGCUUCCCAGUUCGACACUCUUCUGGAACAACGUCUUCAGCAGUACGAUGUUCACCGCGAGGAUCUGAAGCGGGAGGAAGCUGAGCAAGACCGUCUCAUGGCACGUAUAUCGGACACCAACACGAGCUUUCAGCUGGCGAACAAGGGCGACAGCAGUUCUAAAGAGCGGACUCAGGCUCUGCAGUCUGUGGAAGUGGCGUUCACGAGCUGGCGCGAGAUCAUGAGGGACCUGGAGACUGGGAGAAAGUUUUACAAUGAUUUGUCCUCCAUCACUACCAGGUUCAGAGAUGAGUGCCGGAACUUCAUCUACGCACGGAGGACUGAGGCCCAGAAGCUUGAAGAGGACGUCAGCACUUCGAUGGCCGGUCUGCAACUCCAGCAAAACACACAGCAGAAUCUACUCCAGCAGAAGCAGUAUCAGCAACAGCAGCAGCAACAGCAGCAGCCACAGCAGCCAGCUCCACAGGCGAGGAUGGCGCAGGCACCUUUGGCAGCUCCUACGCCUACGAGGCCGAACGUCCCGGCGAAUGUACCGCCGGUGGUCAGCACGCAGGAUCAGCAAAAGCCGCCUACGUGGCAAGAGGGUAUGCCUAUCCGCUUCGGUGGAAAAUAG